AUCUUCAAAAUUGACUGCACUUCUACAACGUUUCGGUUUCCCUAGGAUGAACCAAUGCCGGGUGAGGGGUCUCGUGAUGAUCAGAAGGGAUCUGGCUCGCGGGCUGCUCGGCUGCUGUAACCAUCGAAUCCAGCAAGACCACCUCCUCCUUCUUCACCCCCAGCUGGCCCGGUUAGCCCUCCGUUGUAUGCACAGAUCCGGAAAGGAUGUGGACUCCAUUGUCAACGGAUGCAGUGCGAACUACAUAGAGGGAUUGUACACAAAAUGGAAGAGGGACCCGCACUCGGUGGAUGAGUCAUGGGAUGAGUUUUUUCGCGGCGGCGAUGGAACAUCUUAUAGAAAGUUAAGGGUCAUCUCAGAUUCUCGUAAGAAACACCGUGUAGCCGGAGGCGUAGACCAGGCAGUGAUUCCCCUUCACACAGAAAAGAGAUCCGCUUCUGGCGGUGGACCAGCCGCAGCACCAGCACCCGCCGGAGACUGGAAGAGCAUUGAUGACCACCAUACCGUACAGGCCAUCAUCCGGGCCUAUCAAAUGCGAGGUCACCUGGCCGCCAAGCUGGAUCCUCUGGGAAUUAUAAAUCCGGAACAUAAAAAAUCUAUGGAUGGCUCCCAACGGGCCGCCAGCGAAGAAGUUCUCCGGGAACAUUUCAGUUAUAUUUUUAAUGAUUUAAAUGCUAGUUUUAAGCUGCCCUCUUCCACAAAAAUUGGCGGAGACGAGGCGUUUUUGCCCCUCAGAGAAAUAUUGGAUCGAUUAGAGCGUAUCUACUGCGGUCAUAUUGGCUUUGAAUAUAUGCAUAUAUAUUCAUUGAACAAAACCUAUUGGCUACGGGAUCGCGUUGAAAGACCAAAUGCUUUUGCCUUGGACAAGGAGGAAAAGAAACGCAUCCUGCAACGACUAGUCCGAGCGACGGUAUUCGAGAAUUUCCUGGCCAAGAAGUUGCCCUCCGAGAAGCGGUUCGGCUUGGAAGGAUGCGACGUUAUGAUACCCGUCAUCAAGGAGGUCGUUGACAGGUCCACAGACAUCGGUGUGGAGCAUAUACUUAUUGGAAUGGCCCAUCGAGGUCGCCUCAAUGUGCUGGCCAACGUCUGCCACAAGGCCAUCUCCGACAUUUUCGCCCAAUUCCAUGGCUUGAAAGCCACCGACUCUGGUUCUGGAGAUGUGAAAUACCAUCUGGGUGUGUUCCAGGAGCGGCUUAACCGACAAACCAAUCGUAUGAUGCGUAUUACUGUGGUGGCCAAUGCCUCGCAUCUGGAGUAUGUGAAUCCGGUGCUUUUGGGCAAGGCACGCGCCGACAUGUACCUGCGCGGCGACGACCAGGGCAACCAGGUGCUGCCCAUCAUCAUCCACGGUGACGCCUCCUUCUGCGGACAGGGCGUGGUCUUCGAGUCGAUGCACUUGUCCGACCUACCCAACUAUACCACCUACGGCACUAUGCACAUCGUGGCCAACAACCAGGUGGGAUUCACCACCGAUCCGCGCUUCUCCCGCUCCUCCCGUUACUGCACAGACGUGGGCAAGGUGGUGACGGCACCGAUCUUCCACGUCAAUGCCGACGAUCCGGAGGCGUGCAUCAACUGUGCCCGCAUAGCCACCGAAUAUCGGGCCAAGUUCAAAAAGGACGUCGUCAUCGAUAUCGUCGGCUACCGACGCAACGGUCACAACGAGGCGGACGAGCCCAUGUUCACCCAGCCCCUGAUGUACCAGCGCAUCCGGAAACUGAAGCCAGCCAUGAACCUCUACUCCGAUAAACUGGUCAAGGAGGGGGUCAUCACGGCGGCCGACUUCAACGGGAUGGUCACCAAGUACGACAAGAUGUUCGAAGACGCCUGGAAGAGUUCCAAGGAGUUAAAGUCAGUUAAGAACUCUUCAUGGAUUGACUCGCCCUGGCCGGGAUUCUUUGAGGGACGCGAUCGUCUGAAGAUUUGUCCCACUGGCAUAAGCAUGGAAACCAUGAAGCGGAUCGGCGAGACGUUCUCCAGUCCCCCGCCACCGGAGCACAUGUUUGACGUGCAUAGAGGCGUCAUGCGAAUCCUGCAAGCUCGCAGACAAAUGGUGGACGAGAAGGUGGCCGACUGGUCCCUGGGCGAGGCCUUUGCGUUUGGCUCCUUGCUGAAGGAGGGCAUCCAUGUCCGGCUCUCGGGCCAGGAUGUGGAGCGUGGCACCUUCUCGCACCGGCACCAUGUGCUGCACCACCAAUCGGCCGACAAGGUCGUCUACAACGCAUUGCAACAUCUCUAUCCGGAUCAGGCGGAAUACUCAGUGUCGAAUAGCUCGCUGUCGGAGUGCGCCGUGCUGGGCUUCGAGCAUGGCUACUCAAUGGCCAGUCCGCACGCUCUGGUCAUAUGGGAGGCACAGUUCGGGGACUUUGUUAAUACGGCGCAGUGCAUCAUUGACCAGUUCAUUGCCAGCGGGGAGACCAAGUGGGUGCGGCAAUCGGGGGUGGUACUCCUCCUGCCGCACAGCAUGGAAGGCAUGGGGCCGGAGCAUAGCUCCGGGCGUAUUGAGCGAUUCCUUCAGUUGAGCGACGACGACCAGGACGUCUAUCCGGAUACCUGUGAUUCUGAUUUUGUGGCCCGCCAGCUCCUCAACAUCAACUGGAUUAUCACCAAUCUGACCACACCGGCCAAUCUGUGUCACGCCCUCCGCCGCCAGAUGCUGAUGGGCUUUCGGAAGCCGUUGGUCAACUUCUCCCCCAAAUCCCUGCUCCGACAUCCCUUGGCCCGUAGUCCCUUUAAAGACUUUAACGAGUGCAGUUCCUUCCAGCGCAUCAUCCCGGACACAGGAGCUGCCGGCAAAAAUCCCGGAAAUGUAAAGAAGUUGGUGUUUUGUUCGGGAAAAGUUUACUAUGAUCUUGUACAAGAGCGGGAUGAUCACGAACAGGUGGAUUCAGUGGCGAUCGUGCGGGUAGAGCAGGUGGGUUGUGCUUUAGUUCUUUUUUUAAUAAGUUUUUUUAAUUUUUUUUAUCCUUACCUUCAGUUAUGUCCCUUCCCCUACGACCUGAUUAGCGAACAAUUCACUCUGUAUCCCUCGGCAGAGCUAAUGUGGGCCCAGGAGGAGCACAAGAACAAUGGAGCUUGGACCUAUGUCCAGCCCAGAUUCGAUACGGCUCUGCUCAAAAAUGAAAAAGAAACACGUUGCGUUUCCUACCAUGGACGAGCUCCCAGCUCAUCGCCUGCUACCGGAAACAAGGUGCAGCACAAGAACGAGUACAAGGCCUUCGUAACCAGCAUUUUUGGUGAGCUAACACCGGCCAACAAGAAGCGUUUGGCGGACAAGGUCAAGGAACAGCAAGAGAAGGCCAAGGCGUCUACUUCCGCUCCCAAGGAUCCACCAAAGAAGGGAGGAGAUAAGCCUGGCGGCAAACCCAAAAAGAAGAGAGUCGACACAGGCGACGCAAGUUCCGAGCCUAAAAGAGGGCCCGGAGGCGCCACCAAAGGAGCAUCUCCAGUUGCCCAUAACAAACGUGCCCAGCUCGCUGCCAAGGAAGCUCCAGUUCCACCAGAACCUGGGUCCUCCCGAGUCAUUGCAUCGAAAGUUCGAAUAGCCAGGAAACCUUCUCGAGGAAUGGCUACAAAAAGUGAACCGGACCUUAAGGGCCCAGGGGAAGGAGAUGACCAGACUUCGAAGCAACCCUAGUCUAGGGUUGAAACCCACUAUUCGUUUGGAUAACCGGCCAGCCUCAAAAUAAAAAUAGAAAAGAUAGAGGAAAGUCAGAUCCUUUUUCAAAAUCCUUUGUUGCAGUUAAUGAAUUUGUAUAGCCCUUGAGACAAUAACACUAAUUAAAUGAUUACACAUAUAAAA